GAAAUACGUAACUAUUUAAGAGCUGUGCUUUCUCUUGAAAUGUUGCGGCUUCAGGCUGGUAGAGAGAACAAAGAAGAGAGAAUCACUCUGCUGCAGAAAUCAGCAUCAUCUCCACAAUGAAGACUCUGCCACUGAUUGUGUUUGUUUGUGUGGUGUUGACUUUGACUGGAGCUGAUGCAUGGAGCUGCGUGAUUGGGAGGUACAGAUAUUGUCCUGGUUGGUCUAAGUACAAAGGACGCUAUUUCAUCUACAUUCCCACACCCAUGACUUGGGCUCGAGCUGAGAAAAACUGUCAGUCCCUGGGUGGAAACCUUGCAUCGGUCCGUAAUACCUUAGAAUACCGUAUGAUCCAGAGGCUGAUAUGGACACGCACUCGUGCGUAUCCAGAAACAUUUAUUGGAGGCAGUGAUUGUCAACAGGAGAGAUUGUGGCUGUGGAGUGAUGGAACGCCUUUCCGCUAUUCAAAGUGGUGUCCUGGAGAGCCCAAUAACCACAGCACUGCACAGCACUGCAUACGAAUUAAUUUUGGAGCUUCCAAGUGUUGGGAUGAUGUGCAGUGUCAUGUACGCCAUCCAUCUGUCUGCGCCAGAAACUAAGAUGAAUCCUGAAACAGAAGAAUCUGUCACAAACACUGGUGCAUGUGUGCUGAUGUUUGUGUUUUCAUGCUCUUAUUUCUUAAGCUAAUCACUCUGGAGCCUCUUUAUAUUUCUUCCAUCGCUGUAACGCAACUAAAGGAGUGAAGCGACAAGUCAAAUCAACAGAAGCUGGAUCGUCUCAGAGGCUUUGUGCCUUUCAUAAGAACAGACUGAAUGUGGUAUGAAAAGAACGCUGUUAGCAAAACUUCCUUCUGCAUAAUGAACUCAUAUUUACUGAUUUUUGCAAAAUUAAAAGCCUGAAGCAUUAAAA